AUGUGUGGCGUUGGCUGGCUGAUAAACAAGAACAAGUCUAAUAUACUGUUCUUCAGUCACAUGACAGAUCGUAGCAGCCAGCGCAUGCAAGAGACACAUUCGCAGUCAGUCAAUUCCGUCUUCAUCACGAGUGGACUGUCGCUUAAUCCAGUGCCCGCAGUCAACGGCAGUAAGCGCGACUUGGCAGAGCGCAACAGUGGCAGAAAUUCAACAGGGUGCAUCAUAAUGCAGUUCAAUCGGGACAAUGUUGUUACGAGGGGAAAGCAGGGACAGAAACGUAUUCACAAUACCGCCAAAGGAGAUGAUCAGUCCUUGGAGCGAGAGAAUGAUUCAUCGAGUUGGACACAAGUCGCGAUGGAUCCAGAAAAAAGCGAUGUCCCAGCUCAAUACUGCGAUCGCAGUGAAACAAUUUCUAGUUAUGUCUGUCCACCGGAAAAACAUAAUGAUAUUGAAGAUACUGCGUACACUGGUAAAAGGCAACGAAAAGAUAACACCGUUGUGAAUCCUGCAGAAGAUUUUAUCGAGGACAAACCUAUCUCAAGUUUGCUAAAUACUAAAAUCCAAGGAAAACCAGAACAGGAUCAUAGCGUUGUUUUAACUAAUAAUGCUAAGCAUGAAGUUCAACUUGAUCGUGGCAAUGUUCGAACAAGAAGUAACGAGGUAGCGAGUAUCCAUGAAGCGAGGAAGGAGUCACAAGAUCUCUCGCCUCGUGAAGACCCUGAAUCGUUGAGUAAGUUAAAUCCGGACGAACCUACUGAUCCUAUUGCAAAGGACUCUACUUUGAACCACAGCGCAGCAUCUGAAGAUUUUGACCUCCAAGUUCAAUUUAAUCGACACAAUUUUGCAACCAUGAAUAAAAUAAGUUCACCGAGGAAGCAAAUGGAAAUUUCGAAGAUUUCCAUGACUCACGAAACGCACAGAUCUAGAAAUGUUUCUCACAAUGAAGAGAAAAAUAAUGCUGAAGAAGUUACGUUUCCGAAUUGCAAAGCCACGACACCAAAACAUGAAUUUGCAAGUGAGUUCCAGUCCAACCGCGAUAAUUCGUCAACAAGAGGGAAACAGGGAACUAAAACGACAUCUCCCGAUGAUCAACUCGAAACGCAAUCGACUGAAUCAGCAAAUUCACACGAAACUCAACCGAAUAAUCUUGUAGAUGUUUCGACCAUUUACCCGGCAUCUAUUAGCAAAGGGCAAGAUUAUGCUCAGUUCAACCGACACAACGCUUCAACUGUGAGCAAAAUACGUAAACAAAAUGGAAACAACGAAAAGCAUAAUGAUUCUUCUGUGGAUAAAACAACUGGUUCAACGAUUGUUUCUCCAGGCAAUGUGCAAAAUGAAGACGAAACUGGUGAUGCUUCCAUUUCAAUACACACACAGAAGCAAAUCAGCACUGAUAUCAACGAAUUGGAUAUGGUGCAGAAAUCGGAUUGCGAGUCGGAAGCUCAUCUGGAGCAAGUUUCUUCUACCCGCAAUAUUACAGUAUCGGAUGAGUUUGACAAACAAGCUCAUUUGGAUCGCGAGAAUUCGUCAACCGUACAAAAACGCCAUCAACGAGCAGGGCACCACACGGCGAAGAUUGCAGAGCCCCAAAUCAUACAAACUCAACAACGACAAGAUGCCAUGAAGGUCAUACCAAACUCGUCAGGUGCUCAUGUACAACUGGCAGCGGGACCCUUGACUGAAAUAACUGGUAAUGCUUCCAUUUCAAUACACACACAGAAGCAAAUCAGCACUGAUAUCAACGAAUUGGCUAUGGUGCAGAGAUCGGAUUGCGAGUCGGAAGCUCAUCUGGAGCAAGUUUCUUCUACCCACAAUAUUACAGUAUCGGAUGAGUUUGACAAACAAGCUCAUUUUAAUCGCGAGAAUUCGUCAACCGUACAAAAACGCCAUCAACGAGCAGGGCACCACACGGCGAAGAUUGCAGAGCCCCAAGUCAUACAAACUCAACAACGACAAGAUGCCAUGACGGUCAUACCAAACUCGUCAGGUGCUCAUGUACAACUGGCACCAGAACCCUUGACUGAAAUCAGCAAUUCCUCAAACAGAAACAAACAGGUGCAACCUGAACAACGUACACGGAGAAGCGAUAUUAUAACCGCCGACUAUAAAAUUGGAAUGCAACAACCGACGGGUCAAUAUCGUUCCAACGAGGCUACCAGACCAACUUUCGGCAAGCUCCAUUACGGAAAUAGUUCAUCAAACGUUCAACAUAUAGGAACUCGCAGCGUUUCUUCAAGGUCUAGAUCUUCGCAGUACGUGGAGGAAUGUUUCGAUAGAGCGCUCGAAAAACCAAAGCCACAAUCCAUAUUGAAUAGGCUUUGGACUUCCGUAAAAAACUUCUGUAUAAAACUUAUAGAAUUAUUAAAUUAAAUUUUAACGGUCACCAUAGAGCCAUGUUUCCUGCUAGGCGGAACUUCGUAUGUCCAAUUUUGUGAAAAUAGUUCUUAUUAGCCGAUAUUUAGAUUUACAUCUGGAAUGUUCUCACAAUGGUAACCAUAACUCACGAACGAAAAUAAAAUACAGUGAAGCGUUUCAAGACCAUUUGUUAGACCUAUUGUGAUACAUAGUUGAAACAUGCAGAUCCCCAUACACACGGGUCAGGACGCGGCAACAGAGUGACACCAUAUCGAAUUGGGACAAUGAUGAGUUGUAUUUGCAUUAUAGCGAUGAUUCAAAGUUAAUAGGUGUGCAAUAAUUAGUUGUAAGUAGACCCAAAAAAGCCCAUUGAGUGUAGUUAUAUUUUGUACUAAAAAGAGUUAAGUGCUAAUCUUUUAUUGCUAGAGUAGUAGUGUAUGGACAGAAAUAAAUGUUUUUCAGGUCGAUUAAUUAUUAUGUAGAGUAAUUGUUGAGCAAUGGCACAAAAUAUGUUCCGAAUAAUCUACAUGUAGGUUUGUAAUCUAAUUUGGAUGAAUAAAUCUGCAAUAACAGCCCAACAUUAUUAUUACAAUUUUCGUGAACAGUUCAGAAAAUAUUUAAUUU